ACUGGUAUAAAAUGGCUACUUAAGAUGAGUCGAUGGAUAGAUGCAUGAAUGAAAAAGUUUGUUAACUUGGGUGUAUCUUUUUCUCACAUACAUUUCUUGGGAUUUGAGGUUUAAAUAAUUCACAAUACAUAGCAACCUUGUCGAUUAGGCUCAUUUUACACAAAUCCGAGUACCAGUAGACAGGAGUAAAACUUCUCCAUGUUAGUGCUGAGGUAAAGGAAUAAUAAUACUUGGUUUCCCGCGCAUUCACUUGUCCUCGCGCACUUUCUUCACGCUGACGAAGCGGCUAGCUCACCGAUGCUACCCCACAACAGUUAAACGGUUCUUCGCGGUUUAGUCACGGUUCUACGUGUAUCUACGGAAAUUAUCCCUAAAAAAUAUACGGUUAUUGCAUUUCAUUUCAUUUCAUACCACACACAUUACUGUUAUGAGGCGAAACGAAAAUCAACCAAGACCAACGGCAGGCUGUCUGUCUGUUCCACUGUUUAACCAAAAGAAGCGGAGCAGAUUGCCACUGACGUCCAAUCCCUCUGAGAGUGAAGUGUUUUCCAGAUACGAGAACAGAGACAUGCUGAGCUUCACUUCAGCCAUCCAUCCAUCUAACACUGGGAACAGUCAGCCAUCAACAGACAGAGCACCUCUGACUCACUGGAACCAGCAAGCCACCCCACCACCUCAACAAAGCAAAGUGUGGCCCAUUGCUUCACCUGGUGCAACAGGAAGAGGAUACACACCUAUAACUCACCCACAGAAAAACACUUAUGCUUGGUCCCAGACAGGGCCACAGAGAACUCCAGGCAGGCAGGAUUCCAUGGCAACAGCCCCAGGCUUCCAUCAGAGUGGAUCUAUGAGUGGGAGUCCUCAAAUUCAGAAUAAAACUUUGACUGCCAAGCAACCCAUGCAGCAGCAGCAGUCAUUUAGCAGAAACAUCAAUCCAUCCAGAGGUUCCUUCUCACCUUCAGGUCUCGGAGCAUGCAGUCAGAGACCUGCAGCGCGGAGUCAGAGUUCCCAGUGGAAGAUAAAAUCUGGCGGACCUAGAGGGGGAACAUGGGUCGAGGACACAUUUGGUACUUUAGGAAGCAAGCACAGUAUACAGCAGCAGAAAUCUGUGUUUGAGGAAAAAGCACCACCCAAGAGAUCACUGCGAAUCCUCACUGCUGUUAUAGAGGGAAUGAAAUACUGGAGCCAGUUCAAGGACAAAGUUCCUAUGAUGUUUGAGAUUUUUGCCACUCUCGAUUCAGCAGUCACAAUCGGAAAAUUUGGUGCAAAGAACUUCCUAAUGAGGGAUGGAAAAGACACAGUGCCAUGUGUGUACUAUGAAAACGACCAGGUGCUGCCGAGGCUGAUCCGGGGUCAGGUGCAUCGCUGUGUGGGGAAUUACGACAGACAGAAAAAUGUUUUCACCUGCGUGUCAGUGCGGGCCGCCUCCCUGUCAGAGCAGAGAAAUGCUCAAGAGGUUGUGAAGGCAUCAGACACAGAGAUGAGAAACGAGGUCCAGGCACUUUCUGAAAUGUGAUGUGAAUGGACAGAGCAGGAAGGUUUUAUAGUUUCAAAGCAUCCCAUAGGUGCUUCCUGAUGUCAAAGGGUCAGAAGAUGGAGUUCCGAUUUUUCAAUCAGAUGCGUGCCUUCCUGCCAGAGUGCUAAAUUUGUAUUAAAAAUUUACAUUAACAGCCAAGACACAGUAGUCUUGUUUACCCUAGUCUUAUUUACACUAAUCACCAUCUUGUCCUUAAUCUUCAUUUUCAUGACUUUAAAUGCUUUAUGCAAGGGACCUCCUUAAGACUUAAGACCAUUCUUUCUGUAGAACCAAUACAGUGUUGCAUUUAUUUUGUUUCGUUUAUUUUAUUUCCAUGAGUAUAUCUUUGUAAUUACAUUUUUUCUUUGCCUUUCCCCUGAUCUUGUACAAUCCUAUUCAAUUUUGUGAAAGGUCCAAGCACAAAACAGACAGUAUAACUUGGCCUUAAUACUCCUAUUAAAACUGAUAGGAGGAGAGGGCAAACAGAGACACACAGGUUUUAGUUUUCAGAUCAUUAUAACACAAGUUCAGUGGUGACGGUGCGUUUGUUUGCUAUUUUAAUUAAAUGGUGAUGAGCCUCAUUUACUAUUUUCUCAAUGUUGUUUAGACUUUCACUGACUUGUCAAAGUUGAGGCUCUAAAGCAAAUAUAUAUAAAAACACCAGUUUGUGUCAUUUUUUUUAAGGAAAGGUUGUUCUGUUCUUCUAUCCUGUUAGCCACAGUGUUGGUUGUUACUGGAUAAAUAUAUGGCAGAUUUUCCAAACCCUUUCGUAUUUUCAUCAGAAUCAUAAAUCCAUUUUAUUUCCUCAAAAGUCUGAUCCAUUGUGAAGAAGAAAACAUUUAUAGCAAUUGGAUCCAAGAACAGAAUUUUCCUACUCUGCUUUGUAAUUUGUCUUGGCUAGUUGAAUAUUAUUUGAUGUUGCAUGAAAGAUUUUUAAGUUCCUUGCUUUCCUCUUGAUGUUCUGAAUAAUCCCUGAUGUGUGGGAGAAAAGUU